CAGCGCCGUUCGUACUUCACCCCCGCGUCCGAACGCGCGCCCCGCACCGGAUGUAGUACAGCGCUGUUUCAGCGGACGCCGCGUAUUAUUUGACCAGACGGUCCGCGCCGCCCAUCGAUCUCGCGGGGUGUUCGUGUUCGUCGAUCAGGCGCUGCUGUUCUGGCGAGCCGGCCGCCGUCUCGGAGCUCGAGCUGCUAGUCCCCUGGGCCGCCAGCGCGGGCGCCGCUGCCAUGAUGAACCACCACGCGCCGCUGGGCGCGCACGAGAUCGAGAUGACGCCCUCCGAGCGCGCCGCGGACAUGGAGUCAGAGCCCGCGGUCGCGGCGGAGCGCGUCCCGCCGUGGCGCGAGCAGAUCACCGCGCGCGGCAUAGUGGCGGCGCUGUUCAUCGGCUUCGUCUACACGGUGAUCGUGAUGAAGCUGAGCCUCACCACGGGGCUCGUCCCCACGCUGAACGUCUCCGCCGCGCUGCUCGCCUUCCUCGCGCUCCACGGCUGGACGCGCGCGCUCGAGCGUCUCGGCAUUGCCUCUCGCCCCUUCACCCGCCAGGAGAACACCGUCGUCCAGACCUGUGCCGUCGCGUGCUACACCAUCGGAUUUGGCGGUGGGUUCGGGUCCUUCUUGCUGGGGCUGAACAAGAAGACGUACGAGCUGUCCGGGGUGAACACGCCGGGGAACGUGCCGGGGAGCUACAAGGAACCCGGCAUCGGGUGGAUGACGGGCUUCCUCCUCGCCGUCAGCUUCGUGGGUCUCCUCACCUUGCUUCCUCUCAGAAAGGUACUGGUAAUUGACUAUAAACUAACUUAUCCAAGUGGGACUGCUACUGCUGUUCUCAUAAACGGGUUCCACACACCUCAAGGAGACAAGAAUGCAAAAAAGCAAGUCCGUGGGUUCCUCAAGUAUUUCGGGAUCAGCUUCUUGUGGAGCUUCUUCCAAUGGUUCUACACCGGCGGCGACGUCUGCGGAUUCCUUCAGUUCCCUACUUUUGGGCUGAAAGCUUGGAAACAAACGUUUUUCUUCGACUUCAGUCUCACGUACGUUGGCGCCGGGAUGAUCUGCUCGCACCUUGUCAACCUCUCACUGCUCUUCGGUGCGAUCCUUUCCUGGGGCGUAAUGUGGCCACUCAUCGGCAAACAGAAGGGCAACUGGUACCCUGCAAAAGCCUCUGAAACCAGCAUGACAAGCCUGUACGGUUACAAGGCUUUCCUCUGCAUUGCUCUGCUCAUGGGAGACGGACUCUACAACUUUGUCAAAGUCAUCGCUGUCACUGUCAAGAGCAUCGGCGAAAGAUCAAAUCGCAGGAGCCUGAACAGAGUGGUGGACGCGGACACCAUGGCGCUCGAUGACAUGCAGCGCAACGAGGUGUUUAACAGCGACAACAUCCCGACCUGGCUGGCCUACACGUGUUACGCAGUGCUCAGCGUCAUCGCGGUGAUCACCAUCCCGUUCAUGUUCCGGCAGGUGAAGUGGUACUACGUGAUCGUGGCGUACGUGCUGGCGCCGGCGCUGGGGUUCUGCAACGCGUACGGCACCGGCCUGACGGACAUGAACAUGGGGUACAACUACGGCAAGAUCGCGCUGUUCGUGUUCGCAGCGUGGGCGGGGAAGGACAACGGCGUGAUCGCCGGCCUGGUGGGGUGCGGGCUGGUGAAGCAGGUCGUGCUCAUCUCCGCCGACCUGAUGCACGACUUCAAGACGGCCCACCUAACUCUGACGUCGCCGCGGUCGAUGCUGGUGGGGCAGGCCAUCGGCACGCUGAUGGGCUGCAUCAUCGCGCCGCUCACAUUCUUCCUCUUCUACAAGGCGUUCGACGUGGGCAACCCGGACGGGUACUGGAAGGCUCCCUACGCGCUCAUCUACCGCAACAUGGCCAUCCUCGGCGUGGAGGGCUUCUCGGCGCUACCGAGGCACUGCCUGCAGCUGUGCGCGGUGUUCUUCGCGUUCGCGGUGUUGGCGAACCUGGCGAGGGACCUUUUGCCGCGCCGGUACGGGCGGUUCGUGCCGCUGCCGAUGGCCAUGGCCGUGCCGUUCCUCGUCGGCGCCAGCUUCGCCAUCGACAUGUGCGUGGGGAGCCUCGUGGUGUUCGCGUGGCACAAGCUGGACAACAAGAAGGCCGCGCUGCUCUUGCCGGCCGUCGCGUCCGGGCUGAUCUGCGGCGACGGGAUCUGGACGUUCCCUUCGUCGCUGCUCGCGCUGGCCAAGGUCAAGCCGCCCAUCUGCAUGAAGUUCACGCCCGGAAGCUAGAGAGUAGAAACGAUCUAUGUUCACGCGCAAUGCCAAUGCGUACGGAAAAGAGAGAUCGUUUCAAGUAGGGAAGAACGCGAGCGUUUUGGAGAAAUCCCGGAUAGAUUCCGGAACCCGGCGUGCUCUUCUGUUCAUAUGAGUUUGUAUUGUGUACUGUGUAAACCAGCUGAUAAGAAAUUUGAACGACGACAAGAAGAAUUGCUUGUUGUCUCGUAUAGAGAACAUCAGUGUGUUCCGCCAA